UUUUUGGACACACAGAGAGCAGACAGGAUGGAUUUCCUCCGGCUACAUCUCCCUGGGCUGCAUCAGGCCUUGAGGGGGGCACUGGAUUCCUUCAGCUCCUUUGUCUCCUACCUUAUAGGAGAUGAGGUUCCUACUGCAGAGAGAAGGGAGGCAUGGGCAGCUGAGGAACUGGGGGAAGUGGCCACAGGAAGGCCAGGGAGAACUGCAGAGGAGGAAGCUCAGGAGGCCCUGGAGAGCCUCAGAGGCAGCCAAAGCAAGGGGGAUGGAGGACUGAGAGGGUCCGAAGUGGCUAGAAGUCACCAGGAAGGAAGCUCAGCUACAGAACAGACCUGGAGUUGGGAAGAAGGCAGCUCCCACGGGUCUCAAGGAGAUAGGCAAGACGCUGGGGUCUGGGAGGCAGCCAAGGCCUUCAGGUGCCAGGAUCCAAGCUCCCCACUGGAGGUCAGAAGGAAGUCUGAGGCAGGGUCUGAGGCUGCUGGAGACAGGAGCAGCCAAGCCCAGGGGAGUCGGGAGAGCAAUGAGCAGGAAGUGAACAGAGAAGAGACACCGAGAACCUGGGAACAGGAGGAGGAGGAGGAGGAAGAGGUCAGGGCAAGAGAGCCAGGGGGGGCCAGAGGGGUGGAGUCAGAGUGGACUUGGCGCAGAGAGCCUGAGGGCAAGGCCAGCACUGGCAGGGAUGGCAGGGCAUCAGAACAGUCAGUCAAGGAGGCAGUUGCACAGGAGACCCAGGGGGCUGGGGCGAAAGAGGCCGAGAGGGAAGAAGAUGUGGUGGCUGUUGUGAGGGAUGGCCAAAGCACAAGGGCACAGGUGACACAAGAGCCAGGGGCAGAAUCUGAAGAUGGGGCCCCCUUGGGCAGAGAGGAGGUUAGGACAACCUCAAACAGGGGGCAUGCCAAGACAACCUUAGGUGGGGAGGAGGCUAGGACAACUUCAGGCAGCGAGGAGACUGGGACAACCUCUGGUGGGAGGAAGGCUAGGACAACUUCAUACAGGGAGGAGACUGACCUCCUAGGAGUCAAGGAGACAGAAUAUGAGGCCAUCCCAGGAGAUAGGAUCCCAGAGGGUACUAGGAUAGUCUGUGCCAUAGAGGAGGCCUCCAAGGGAGCCCAGAAGGAGGAGAUGAAUGAAAAUAGAGAGGUUGAGGUGAGCCUGUUCCUGAAACAGAAAUGGGGCCAGAGAACUGAAGGAGUGGGACAGGAGGCUAAGGACCAGGUGGCAGGGAAGGAGGCUGCCGAAGGCCAGGGCUCGGAAUGGGAGGCAGGGGAGGGCCGUGAGGGUCAGGCAGAUCAGGAUGGGAAAGAAGACAAGGAGACACAAAAUUCAGAGAUCAUGGCUCCUCAAGAGAGUCUGGAGGAGGAGGAGGAGAGUCAGGCAGAGGAGGCCAAGGAGGAGAAAGGGAAUGUCCAGGCCAUAGAGGCUGAGCUGUCCCAGGACAAAGUAGCAAACGAGGCUGAAAGUGUUGCUGACUUUGAGGCAACCCCAGAGACCAGACCUGAAAAGGAGUUCAGGGAGGAGAGGAGUGAGGAGGAAGGUCAGAUGGGUCUAGAAGAAUUGGGGGUAGAGUACGGUGGCCCCAAGCACUGGGUCACUGAAGGCUGGGAACCUGAGCUGAUAGGAGGUCUCCAGAUCCCAACAGAGCAACCAGAAGGACAGGAUGGUAAGGAAGAGCUCUGGAACAUUCCAGCCCUGAGCAAAAAGGAGACAGAAAAGAGCCUGGAGAAUAAUUUCAGGAACAUGGGUUAUGGAAAGCCUGAUAUCUCUGAAGCAGAAGCCUGGGAAAACCAGAGAAGGGAUGUAGAGAGAGGGAAUGCGCAGGAGGGAAAAGUAGGUACUGAAGAGGGGGAGGGGAAGGCUGCAGGAGGCAGAGAGUCUGUAUCGAUAGAGGUCCUGGAGGCAGACGGAGAGUGGAAGAAAGUAAAGGAAGCAGGGUGUGAGGCAGAGAGCCAGGAGCUAGAUGGAAGGUGUGGGGUAGAAGUAGGGACAGUCCAGUCACUGGGAGAGUCAGAUGUCAGAAAAAACAAGGAUGAGGAGGCAGAGGCCGAAGUGUUCUGGGACGUAGGCAGAACUCCCAGGAGAGACUGGAGGCUGGAGGAGGCAGCUUCAAGCCUGCAGGACAGUGAGGAUGAUACAGGGGCCAGUUCUUUGGCUGCUGAGAUUGUGGACAAUAAGGCAGCUUCAGAUGAAGGGGUUGCUGGGACUAGGGAAGGGCCUGGAAGAGAGGCCAAGGAAGCUGGGGAUGAAGCAUUUGGGAGAGGCCGGGACUCAGACGGGAGAGAGGAAGCUGGCGGAGGUGAGGAGCUAGUGGAGGCUGCAGAGGGAGAGAACAAAGGUGGGCAGGAAUUUGGCCCUGGGGGCUCAGCAGAGGAAGUUACUGGCAGAGGUGGCCAAGUGGAAGCUUUUGAGGCUCAGAAGGGUGAGCCAGGGGGAGAGUGGGUGGAGGUUGGGGAUUCUGUAGUGGCAGAAGGAAGCUGUGGGAUGGAUGGCUUUACCUUGGGUUCCCAGGCAGCAGGGGCAGAGGGGACCAUGGCCAUGGUGGAAGCCGAGGUGCUCCCAGGAGGGCAGAUGCUAUUGGAAAAAGAGGCAGGGAUAUGGCAAGUAAGGGAGCAGGGAGAAGGCAGUGAAGGGCAGCAUGGGAACCAGACUCCUGAGGAAGAGGCACAAAUGUCCUGUGAUGUGGAAGAUGUCCAGGUGACUAGACAUCACAGGGCAGAGGCCGAGGAGAUUGACCCAGAAGACCUGGAGGACGUCCAGGGCCAGGAGGACCAGUUGACGAAUCAGCACCCUGCAGAGGCUGAGCCUGGGCCACAAGAAGAGGCUGUGGGAAGUGCCCCAGGGGAUGCUCAUGGCGGCUGGAGUAAGGCCCUCCUUCCUGCAUCUUGCCUGGAUGUGUCUAUGCCUCGGAGCCGUGUACUCCUCUCCCGCAGCUCCUUGCGGCGUCGCUCCCGGCCCUCUUUCCGAAGGAUCCCCACCUCUGAGCAGCAGCAGGAGCCUGCCAGCCCCCCACCAGAGAAAAAGCUGUCUGCCCCUGAGCAGAGACCUCUCCAGCCAGAGGGACCCCCAGAGCCAAGCCCCACAUGCCCUGAGGGGACUCCAGUGCCAGCCAGGAGAAGUCCCCUGGGACACGGGUUUGGCCUUGCACACUCCGGCAUGAUGCAGGAACUCCAAGCCAGACUGGGCCGGCCAAAGCCGCAGUGACUGGGCCCUGAGAGCCAGGCCCUGAGUGAGAGUCUGAGGGCUUGGUUGAACCCUGUUCAGCUUGACUCCCUUGGCCACUUUGAAAGCACCCUUUCUACUAUCUGAGCCUGAAUUUCUUGGAGCUGAAUUCACAGAGCAGACAGAACCAGACAGCUCUGAUAACCAUGAACUUAAGGAAUCUGACUCUCCAACGCAGCUGCUGGACCACCUGCUGGACUGGCACCACUUCUCAUGGCCUGUCCUGACUACCUCCUCAGUCUGUCUCCGCCACUGUCUGGAAGACGGAGAGGGAACAGAGACAGUCCUCCCACAGUCUUUCCUCUCUGCCUGACCCCACUCCUUAACCCCCUUCCCAAGCCCUUGGAGAGCUGUGUGGGAGGAAGGCAAACCUCUGGGGUGGGAGCCAGCCCAGAGGAAAGGGGCUAGGAGGGUCUAUGGAGCUCUGUUUACAACCAAAGGUUGAUGUAGGCAGACCAGCCACCUUGAGCUUUGCAAAUGGGAGCUCAGCCUCUGAACUCUGCUGGUUACUAUGGCAGCCACCAAUUGAGCAAGCCAGAGUGGGGAGAGGUGGGCCAGGAACCCCAAAAAUGUAGGAGCAGAGAGAGGUCCAGGGUGGCCAAAGGCUGCUGAGUCCAUUCUAGCCCCACUGUGAGUGUCAGAAACCCCUUCUCUGAAAAGAAGCCAAGGCAGAGAAAGGGUGAGUGUUUUAUUAGACACCCGGACUGGUGGCCUAGCCUUAGGACAACCAGCAGGCCCUGAAACAAUAAAUAAACCAUUAUUUCCCUAAACAAUAAAUAAAUAUCUAAGA